GGAAUUUGAAUAUAAUUUUUAUGUCUUUUCAUUGUAAUUGGAAUACUGAUUUCAGAUCUGUCCGAAAAUCAAGUAUAGUCACCUCCAAUUUUUCAAAGCAUUCUUUUAAGUUCUUUUUGUUAUUUUCAAAAUUUUAAAAUCUUGUAAUGCCAAUUUUAUCCUCCAUUAAAAAAUAAAUAAAAUAUAAAAACAAACCGAUGGUCCGCUGCCGAGAGUGGGGUGUUGAGCGCAGGGUGUGAAAGAGAUGGAAGAGUUGAGGAAGCUGGAAGAGGUACAGAGAAUGCUGACGUUCGUACAAUCUCGAGGCAUUCCAACGACGUCGUCCCCUGACGACUGUAGUUGCUUUCUUACUAAGCUCAUCCUCCUCCUGGUACAACCAUGUGGAGAACUUGACUUGGGCAAAAAGUGCAGUUUGGUUUCUGAAUAUAUGCCAAAGAUUUCUGCUGCAUUUCUUGAUGAAGCAUCCAAAUGGCUUAAUGGAGAAGGCUAUGAAGAAAGGUCUGUUGAAAAUGCUUUGCAGCUUGCCUGUAGCCAUAAGCCUGAGUCUAGCUCAUUGGACAAUAGUUAUGAAGAAAUGGCUAUGGUUGGACUGGACGCAAUGCAACGAGCAAAUUCUACCCUUGAAGAUUUUUGCAGAUCUUAUUUUAUGUUUCAUGGGAUGGAUAUAAACAAACCACAAUCAGUAUUCCAAUAUCUACCUGUGCUUUCAUUCACAGAAAGCUACAUUUAUCAGCUUGAUCGUUUGAAUGAGAAGACAUUGCAUGCACCAAGCAACGAAAUGAACAUGUUAGAAAGAGGAAGCCAGACGGAAGGUCAGUGGCUAAUUUCUAGGUGUACAAACAUGUUUAAAAGUGACCCAUUCAGACCACUGUCAUGUCUACUUGAGUGUCAUGGCCUUUUGACAAAAAGGAUACAAGAUGAGUUUAAAUCUGGAGAAGGAUAUUGGGCGCUGGAAAGAAAGCUUUGUUAUGCACUUAUAAAUAAAACGGAGAUCUCUGUUGAAGAUGUUAUAAAGGCAAUUAAUCAGAAGUCCUUCGAUUAUCGAGUGCUGAAUCUUUUACUGUACCAGUUGAGAGGAGAAGAGGUUAAUGAGUUGCAUAUGGAGUUUCUAUCAAUCUCAGAAUUCCUAGUUGAGGUAGCUGAUGAUCUGUUUGACUAUGAGGAAGAUGUUAUAGAAAAUAACUUCAAUAUAUUGCGCAUGUUUGUCAGAACAUAUGGAGCGUGUGCCCCAACUGUGCUGGCAAAAUACAUAGCUGAGGCUGAAGAGAAGUAUAACAAUUUACUGAAAAUGCUGGAUCCUCAGCUGUCCUUGAAUUACCGGAGAAGAUGCGUAGAAGCAACUAAGGAAGGAGGGAAUAUGUCUGCACAUCCUCUUGGAACAUGGAGUAUACCACCUCUAAUACUAGAUGAGGAAUUUUAUCGAUCCAGUCUGUUAGAUUCGAAGACGCAGUUGUAACCUUGGAUUUAAACAGUUGGGGUUUGGUUCGGUGUCAAUGGAACAGGAUUUUCUCUGUUUUGUUAUAAAAAUUUUGCUUCCUCGUUUCAUUGUUUUUCUGUUUACUCCCCUACUUUGAUUCUGCUACCAGCGAUCUCCCGCACAACUAAAUUUUCUUCUGCUCACAUGGUUUUCUGAGUUGUAGAUAUUUGAAAAAAAAUGCUUGACAUAAUACUGUCUUAAAGCCUCAAUACAUGUUUUUCUGAGUUCUUUUAUAUAUAAGAACAUGCUUUUCUGAGUUCUUUUA